AUGAAGACUGUCAGGGGGGGGGGGGGGGGGGAAGUAUCCGGUGUGGCUUCUGGGGGGGUGGUGCUUCUGUGGGGGGGGGGGGGGGGGGGGGGGGGGGGGGGGGGGGGGGGGGGGGGGGGGGGGGGGGGGGGGGGUACAAUUGGGGGGGAGGGGGGGGGGGGGGGGGGUGCUAACCCAACUGCUGGGGGGGGGGGGGGCGUCGUGCCUUCCUCGGGGGGGGGGGGGGGGGGGGGGCGGGGGGGGGGGGGGGGGGGGGGGGGGGGGGGGGGGUGGGGGUCUCUCUCUCAUUAG